AACAACAACAACAACAACAACAACAACAGCAACAAGAAAUUAUUAUGCCGCAACAGUCAGCACCCAUGUUACGAAGAGGUUUAUCCAUGUUGGGAGGCUUAUUCGGUACUGAUGCUGCAACUCAACCCGUUCAAGGAGUUAAAAAACGAGAAGCUAAAUUAGCAGCAGAAUAUAUGAAACUUGGUACCUUUUGGUGUUGGCGACAAAUCGAGAGUGAUCAGCCAUUUGAAUCCUUUAGUAUACCGAAUCAAAAACAAAUCAAACGAAAGUUGGCAAAAUCGAAAACUCAAAUCAUGUUGGUGGCUCGAGAGAAAAAAUUACCUGGUGAUACCUUGGUAGAUAUCGAACAGAGACGUGGAUGUUGUUUAAUACAAAGAAAUGAGGAACAUCAUUUUAUACAAUUAGAGUUGAAAGAGGAGACUUAUAAUCCUAAUACGGGAAAUUUUGUAUUUGCUAAUAAUAAUAAUAUUGGAAAUUAAUAAAUGCAUAAUAAUAAUAAUCGACCACUGCUAC